AUGCUAGCUCGUUUGCUGCGUCGACCCCGACCUUUCGGCCCCCAACAUGGGGGCCGUUGCUCUGCCGCUUCUCUCAGCUUACACCGAUCCCGCACACAAAUCAAUCGCGCGGUCAUCACGCGACUGCUUCGUCUCAUUGACUCGAAGCAGCAGAUUCAGCACUAUCUUGACGAGUUUCACCCGUCCCAGGGCGACUCUUUGGCCGUGAUCGCUCUAGGGCCAAACGCGCUCUCGUCGCCGGGCUCCACUACUCAGGCACAGCUUGAGCAACUCGCCGACUCGCUGGCUUUUCUACGGCGCGUCGGCCUGUUCCCGAUUGUCGUACAUGGUGAGCUGAAUCUGGAUCUGGGUUUUGCAUCAAAUCCCAGACUGGAGAGACUAGCCAAUCCGUUAAAUCGUUUACAACGCAUCCGAACAGUAAACCAGCAGCUCAGCGCCCUUUUCGAGGGCCGCGAUGUCGAAACACGACCUAUUCCGUCCGGUAUCUUUACGGCUGUCGCGGAAACCGACUGCACAAAGUCUUCCCAUACAGGCAGCGUGACAGAUAUUGUUUCCCAGGGCAUUGAGUCCGCUGUUCGUGCCAGAUCCAUACCGGUCGUGGCGGCGCUGGGCACUUCUUCCGCAGACUCUCGCACGUAUGUGCUGGAUCCGCAUCAUGCCGCCGUGCAUCUAGCGCGAGUGCUACAGCCGUUGCGCAGUAUUUUCCUAUAUCCCAACACCCAGCCCUCAUUGUUGCCGCCAGGCCCCGACGCGUCGACUGCGCUGCAAACUCUCGCUCGCGAACUCGGCCCUGAAGCCAGUAUCAUGCUGGGUCCGGCCACAGCCUUGAGCAAUGUCAUUUUUCCCGAUCCUACGCUCUGGACAAUGCUGCGUCAUCCGCGGACCGUCCAGACUGCCAAUUGCCUUCAGCAGUUCCCUUCUGAAGAGGCCCUCUGUACGGCCCUCCAGCGCCACCUGACCCAUAGUCCGGGCAUUGACAUCGAUGCGGUCCUGUCGCAGCUCGAAUCCAGAGAAUUCGCUGCCUACUUUGACCAUGACCCAACUUCGCCAUCACCGGAACAGACAAUUCAUAACCUCGCGCUCGUCUUUCCGCGAGCAUCCUUUCCCUGGCGUUCUCCCCCUACCUUGCUAUCCGGUCGUCAGGAGGGCUGGGCUUCGAGCUCCACCACCGCGUCUGUUGAGGAAAGCCAUCUCGACGGAAGCAUCUUCGAGCUCACCCUCUUUUCUAUUUCUCAACCAGAUUGGCGCAAUGGCGUGGCUGAGAAAUUUUGGAAUCGCAUUCGCGCAGAUCACGUCUCACUCUGGGGCUCCCUGGCAGAGAGCGAUCCGAGUCUAUCGUGGUGGCUUAAUCGCUCCUCUGGAUCUCUCAAGCGGCGGCCGGAAGAGAGAGUAUACUUGUGGCACGGGGUAGUCACUUAA